UGUGGCCGGAGCCUCUGCGGCGGGGGCCGCGGUUUGGGCGUGAGUGGAGGGAACCCCAGUAGCAGGUGUUGGCUGGGCCCGAAACCAUGGACGUGGGUGAACUUCUGAGCUACCAGCCCAACAGAGGCACAAAACGUCCCCGGGAUGAUGAGGAAGAAGAACUGAAAAUGCGGCGGAGACAAGCUGGCACUCGAGAACGCGGCCGCGGCCGAGAAGAGGAGACGAGUGUGGCAGAAGAAGCCGAUGAUGACAAAAAAAGACUCCUUCAGAUUAUUGACAGAGAGGGUGAGGAGGAAGAGGAAGAGGAGGAACCACUGGAUGAAAGCUCAGUGAAGAAAAUGAUCCUUACAUUUGAAAAAAGAUCAUACAAAAACCAAGAGUUGCGGAUCAAGUUUCCAGACAACCCAGAGAAGUUUAUGGAAUCCGAGCUGGACCUAAAUGACAUCAUUCAGGAGAUGCACGUGGUGGCUACUAUGCCAGACCUAUACCACUUGCUGGUGGAGCUGAAUGCCGUGCAGUCUCUUCUAGGGCUACUUGGACACGAUAAUACAGAUGUGUCCAUAGCUGUGGUUGAUUUGCUUCAGGAGCUAACAGACAUCGACACCCUCCACGAGAGUGAAGAGGGAGCGGAAGUACUCAUCGAUGCUCUGGUGGAUGGGCAGGUGGUCGCGCUGCUCGUGCAGAACCUGGAGCGCCUGGAUGAGUCUGUGAAAGAAGAGGCGGACGGCGUCCAUAACACUCUCGCUAUCGUGGAAAACAUGGCAGAGUUCCGGCCUGAGAUGUGCACGGAGGCCGCCCAGCAGGGCCUCCUGCAGUGGCUGUUGAAGAGGCUGAAGGCAAAGAUGCCUUUCGAUGCCAACAAACUGUAUUGUAGUGAAGUGCUGGCCAUAUUGCUCCAGGACAACGAUGAAAACAGGGAAUUGCUUGGGGAGCUAGAUGGAAUCGAUGUGCUUCUUCAGCAGUUAUCCGUGUUUAAAAGACACAACCCUAGCACAGCCGAGGAGCAGGAGAUGAUGGAGAAUCUGUUUGAUUCACUCUGUUCCUGCCUAAUGCUCAGUUCCAAUCGCGAGCGCUUCCUGAAGGGCGAGGGGCUUCAGCUGAUGAAUCUCAUGCUCAGAGAAAAGAAGAUCUCCCGGAGCAGUGCCCUAAAAGUGCUGGACCAUGCCAUGAUCGGACCUGAGGGCACGGACAAUUGCCACAAGUUUGUUGAUAUUCUUGGCUUACGAACCAUCUUUCCCCUCUUUAUGAAAUCUCCCAGGAAGAUCAAGAAAGUGGGAACCACCGAGAAGGAACAUGAAGAGCAUGUCUGUUCGAUCCUGGCUUCCCUCCUGCGGAACCUGAGAGGGCAGCAGCGAACCCGGCUUCUGAGUAAAUUCACUGAAAAUGACAGUGAGAAGGUGGACAGACUGAUGGAGUUGCAUUUUAAAUACUUGGACGCAAUGCAGGUGGCGGACAAGAAGAUUGAAGGGGAAAAGCAUGACAUGGUCCGGCGUGGAGAGAUCAUAGACAACGACACGGAGGAUGAGUUCUACCUCCGGCGCUUGGACGCGGGGCUCUUUGUCCUUCAGCACAUCUGCUACAUCAUGGCGGAGAUCUGCAAUGCCAGCGUGCCCCAGAUUCGCCAGAGGGUCCACCAGAUCCUGAACAUGCGAGGGAGCUCCAUCAAGAUCGUCAGGCACAUCAUCAAGGAGUACGCGGACAACAUCGGCGACGGCCGGAGCCCGGAGUUCCGGGAGAACGAGCAAAAGCGCAUCCUGGGCUUGCUGGAGAAUUUCUAGAGACCCCGAGGCCUCGGGCGGCACGGACUCUCUCUGGGCCUCCCCCCGGAAAGUUUUUACACAGCUCCAUGUGACUUUUGGACGAAUUAAAGCUAGUUUUGGUA